AUGAUCUUGUCGGCCAGCUCCAGUAGAGCCUGCGGUUCAGCCUGCAGUAGCCUACAAGCCAUCGCGCGAGAGCGCUUAACAGGGGUGUUCUCGUCUCCUACAGCCAGAUCGCAGUCUCUCCGACGCCUCCCGCAGUUUCGGUCUCCGCAACCACUGAAAACAUGCCCGUCCGUCCUCCAAGCACACUCGUCUAGAGCCUUCCAUUCAACGCCAGCGUGUCACUCACAUACCCCGCAAAUAUCGUACCGUGUUGCGGCCUCCUCAUCCGGCAAAACCCGACGGUUCCUCCCCACCAAAAAUGCCUAUAACUUCAACCCUGAGCUUCAAGAGGCCCUUGGCGUUGCUGUCGAUGCCCCAACCUCCGCGGCGAAGCGAAAACGACGACCAGAUAGCGGAGAGGAUGCGUUCUUCGUGAGCACAGUCGGACAUCACGGUCCCUCUCCCGAUCACUCCAUCGCCUUCGCAGUCGCAGAUGGCGUUGGAGGGUGGGCGGAGUCGCGAGUCGACCCCGCGGACUUUUCGCAUGGUUUAUGCGACUAUAUGGCUCAGACGGCGCUGGCCUGGGAAAAGCCUGCCGACCAACUCCGUGCUAAAGCUCUCCUCCAAGAGGGCUACGACCGCGUUGUCGCAGACGACUCCAUCCGUGCAGGCGGGUGUACUGCAUCCGUCGGGAUAGGGCUUGAAGACGGCCGCAUUGAACUCGCAAACUUAGGCGACUCAGGCUCUGUUCUCCUUCGCCAAGCUGCAGUCCACCACUACUCAAUCCCACAAACUCACGGCUUCAAUACUCCCUACCAACUCAGCAUCAUCCCCCCGCGCAUGCGCCAGCAAGCCUCUAUCUUUGGCGGCGCAUUCCUAGAAGACUUUCCCCGCGACGCAGUCACAACCAACCUACACAUGCACCACGGUGACGUCCUCAUGCUGGCUACCGAUGGCGUCUUCGAUAACCUGAACAACCAAGACAUCCUGAAACUGGUCACAAGCCGCAUGAUCUACACCGGGGCCUGGACAGCCUCAACAACCCCUAAUACCGGCAUCACCCCCUCAGACCGCGAAACGCUGAACCGACUUACCGGUCCAGAGGGCCUGUCCUCCCUCGUCUCUCCAUCUGCACCCGAAUCCACCUCCAACAAGUCCAAAUCUGCCACAGCUUCCAACCCUCACAAGGACAGCUACACCCUCCAAUCGCUCCUUGCCACCUCCAUCGCCGGCGAAGCAAAACUCGCAAGCAUGGAUCUCCGCCGCGAUGGUCCCUUCGCAAAGGAAGCACAGCGCUACUAUCCCGGCGAUUAUUACCACGGCGGAAAGGUAGACGAUAUUGCUGUUUUGGUUAUCGUUGCUGUGGAAGAAUAG